AUGGGGCCCCUGCUGCUGCUGCUGCUGCAGGGCGUGGGGCCCCUGCUGCUGCUGCUGCAGGGCAUGGGGCCCCUGCUGCUGCUGCUGCUGCAGGGCAUGGGGCCCCCUCUGCUGCUGCUGCAGGGCGUGGGGCCCCUGCUGCUGCUGCUGCUGCAGGGCAUGGGGCCCCUGCUGCUGCUGCUGCAGGGCAUGGGGCCCCUGCUGCUGCUGAGGGGCAUGGGGCCCCUGCUGCCGCUGAGGGGCAUGGGGCCCCUGCUGCUGCUGAGGGGCAUGGGGCCCCUGCUGCUGCCAGCCGUAAGGCCUAGAUUGGCCAGCUGGCCGAGACUGACGGGAACUGGGUGCCUGAGGGGGCCCCCAGUCUUCAGCAGUGCAGCUUUGAGUUGGCCAGUUGCUGCUGGAGUUGGCCCUCUGGAGCUGCGCACUGAGGCAGAAGAGAAGUCCCCAGGAGGCCCCAAGUACUUCAUUGCUGCUGCAGGCGGAAUCUGGAGCUUCAGCGGACGCUUGGGGCGGCCUCCAGCAGCAAGCUGCUGCAGCGCUGCAGCUGGGCCAGCAGUUUGGCCCGCCUCGCGGCUUAGGGGCCCCAAGGGGCCCCCCAGGGGCCUCGGGCAUUGGGGGAGUACUGGGGGGGCAGCACGCGCCACUGCAGCGCACUGUGGGUGCGCAGGGGCCCUCUCGAGUUGCUGCCGGAGGCGGGAAACUGGCAGAAAGCUUGGAAACGACUUGUUGAGUUCAACGCACCUCUACGCGUUUCCUGAGGAGGUAAACUUCUGCGUGGAGGCGCCGGAUCAGUUCCUGCUUUGCAGUUUCGCUAAACUGCCAAGUAUUUCAAAAGGAAAGCAAUGGGACAUUACAUCUUUGUACGCGGAGAGCUGCCUGAGGAUGUACAGCUCGGUCGGACCUGCACCCGAUUCAAAGGAAUCUUCCAUUGAAUUAAUGCAGGGAGUGAAGCGAGAAACACUCCUGCCGGCUUAG